AGGGGGCGGCUGCUUGAAUCUUAUAAAACGGAGAAAUAAUUCGGUUAAAUGAGUGUUAAUCUUAAUGUAGCUCUGGCAGAAGAUGGAGGAUGCGCACCGUGCUUAGACGUGGACAAGCUUUAAGCUGAAUGCAUUGUGAUUUCCAAUAAUUGAGACAGUGAUUUCUAAAAAGCUGUCUACAUUAAUGAAAAGAACAAUGUAGUCGGCUUGGCAUAUGCAACAACAGUACGUGACCAGCACGUGAGCGAUUUGAGCCGUGUGAGCCGUUAGCUUUCAGUUUAGUACCUAAAUACUGCAGGCAGGAUAGCGUCCUAGUCCUUUUAGCUGUUUAGUAAGGCAACUUUGUUCUUUUGAGAAGUGUGGACAAUGGAUAUUGGUGAGUUUGUGCCCCCUCUCCCGUUGGAGCCCCCUGAUGAUGAAGUGUCAGGUAGCGGUAUAUGCAAAGCCCCUCCACCACCUCCCCUGCAAACGUCCAGUGACGCCGAGGAAAUGGACGUUAGCUCAGGCGGUGAUGGACCCACGCUCGCCCCGGCCGAGGACAGCGACGCAGCGUUCAUCCUCACCAAGGGCUCCGUGUCGUUCAGCGGCCGUACGGACACAGACCCGUGCCCCGGCACAGGGCGGCACGCGCCCCCCGUCACCACGUUCCUCCCCGACCUAAAGCUCCUCAGAGACGUUAAGAUCAGUGUCCGUUUCGGAGGAGACGCCGUUAGUAAAAGUAAAGACAGAAAAGUGCUGUACACAGGAAUAGGAAUAGAUCAGCAGCACUUAGAGAACGGGCAGACGUACGCUAGCGUAGAACAGGAGGCAGAGCAAGGCACUUCAGGCGUAGGCGCCCUAGAUAGGAAGAGCGAAGAGUCGGAGGCCGAGCAGGAGAACAAGGUGGAGUACGCCGUGCUGGACGAGCUGGACGAUUACAGCGAAAACUUCCUGGAGGACGGAGAGCAGAGCGGGUACAGCUCCGAGAUGAUCGUUCAGCAGGAACGAGCCAACGAGGACGACCUUGGUUACUCCUACGAGGAGGACUUCGACAACGAUGUAGAUGCACUUUUGGAGGAGGGCAUGCCCGUUCCCAAGAAGAUGCGCCUGGCUGAGGAUAAAUAUGCAGGAGAGAGCGAUCAUCAGUCUGACAGCGAGCAGGGCGUUCAGCCCAUGGUGACCAAAAUUAAGACUGUUCUUAAGAGUCGAGGCCGCCCACCCACCGAGCCUCUCCCUGACGGCUGGAUCAUGACAUUCCACAACUCGGGCAUUCCGGUUUACCUCCACCGAGAGACCAGAGUGGUUACCUGGUCCAGACCUUACUUUCUUGGCACUGGAAGCAUCAGGAAACACGACCCUCCUACCAGUAGCAUUCCCUGCUUGCACUAUAAAAAAAUGAAGGAACAGGAAGAAAGGGAACAAAACGGAGAGGUCACACCCAACGCCGAAGUGUCCCCGGCCAAGGCCGCGGAGGAGGGAGAACCUCAGGAGACCGCCGAAGAGCCGGACUCCACGGCCAGAGAGGACUCCGGCCCGGACGCCGCGGACCCCCAGGCGGAAGGAAAAGAGAGCCAGGCGGGUAAAACUGCACAGGGGGCUUUGGGCCAGGUCAAGGCCAAGGUGGAGGUGUGCAAGGACGAGUCUGUCGACAUCGGGGAGUUUCGUGGCUACCUGGAGAAGCGCUUCGACUUCGAGCAAGUGACUGUGAAGAAGUUCCGAACCUGGGCGGAGCGCCGGCAGUUCAACAGAGACAUGAAGAGGAAGCAGGCCGAGUCCGAGAGGCCGAUCCUCCCGGCCAAUCAAAAGCUCAUCACGCUGUCGGUGCAGGACGCCCCAACCAAGAAGGAGUUCGUCAUCAAUCCGAACGGAAAGUCAGAAGUCUGCAUCCUGCAUGAAUAUAUGCAACGUGUGCUCAAGGUCCGGCCCGUUUACAACUUCUUUGAAUGUGAGAACCCAAGCGAACCGUUCGGAGCCUCAGUGAUUAUAGACGGAGUUACGUACGGCACCGGAACUGCAAGCAGUAAAAAACUGGCCAAGAAUAAAGCUGCUCGUGCAACACUGGAGAUCCUGAUCCCUGACUUUGUGAAGCAGACGGCUGAAGAGAAGCCAUUAGAGGGCGACGAGUUAGAGUAUUUUAACCAUAUCAGUAUUGAAGAUUCGAGGGUGUAUGAGCUUACCAACAAGGCAGGCUUACUUUCACCCUACCAGAUCCUUCAUGAGUGCCUUAAGAGAAACCACGGCAUGGGCGACACCAGCAUCAAGUUCGAGGUAAUCCCAGGAAAGAACCAGAAAAGUGAAUACGUGAUGGCCUGCGGGAAGCACAGCGUACGCGGCUGGUGUAAAAACAAGAGAGUGGGCAAACAGCUGGCGUCUCAGAAGAUCCUCCAGAUGUUGCACCCACAUGUGAAGAACUGGGGCUCUCUGUUGCGCAUGUAUGGCAGGGAGAGCAACAAAUUGGUAAAGAAGGAAAAUUCAGACAAGAGUGUGAUCGAGCUUCAGCAGUACGCCAAAAAGAACAAACCAAACCUCCACAUUCUCAACAAGCUCCAAGAGGAAAUGAGGAAACUGGCUCGGGAACGGGAGGAGACGAGGAAGAAACCCAAAAUGACGGUGGUGGAGUCGGCCCAGCCGGGCAGCGAGCCGCUGUGCACCGUCGACGUCUAGGAAAAGCAGCGAGUCGUUCCAGUUCUGACACAAGGUCACCUCGUGGCUACUGAAUUAUGCAUUACAGUUUAGUGCUAGACGGCAAUACCAGUCAUGUUCUCUCUCUCUCUCGGACGCUCCGGCGCAAUAGCGACACCACAGGAGCGUCAAAUUCCUAAAGUCGGUGCGGGUCGGUCGUGUAAUUGGACCAGAAUAAAAACGAUUCCCUGCGCACAAGACUCGUUAAAGGGAGUCCUUUAUUUUGAUAAACGAAGCAUGUGCGCAUGUAUUCUGAAGCGGACGCGUUACAUACGUUGUUUGCGUUUGUGUUUUUAUUUUUUGUGGCUUUUUAGGUGAUUUGAUUUAAUAAAGGUUUUCCUAUUGAGCUGUUUAAUGCAUAAUGAACUGUUUACUACCUACCAGAUUGUGUGGAUGAUGCUGAAUUGGUUAGUCAGCGUGCACUACCUGACACGUCUGAUUAAGUGUUGCUGGUAUUGUUAGUGAGACUAACAAGUGUGGUACCAGACAGAAGCUUGCUCUGUGACGGUCAACUCAUUUCACUGUACCAUAGUCUGUGUCUUACUGGACCUAAACAAUACCACUGUGUAAGAGGAUAAAAAAAAAAAAACACUUUAAAUAGCAGCGUUUGGAUUUUAAAAGUCAUGCAAAAUGUGUUGGGGGUGAUUUUUUAUUCUUUUGCUUUGCACUUAAGUUAUUGAAGUCUCCAAAAUAAUCAGCAUACAGGCUGUAAGCAUUAAUCUACAGUUUAAGUCAAAUGUUUAUGUACAUUAUCAUAAGAAAUGUGAGUCGUUUUAGUCUUGGAAUUUGUUCGAUUUGUUUGAUUUACUGUUUUUCCAUGAUUCUUUGCCCUGAACAGUUUUGUGCAGGUAGUUUGUGUGUAUAGUAUCAUAACAUCCCUUAUCUUUGUGGCAUGGCCUUACAAUCCUUCCUUUUUUUUAAUAGAAUGCCUUUAUUUGUCCAACCUGCACAUCCCAACUUGUUUUGGAAGCUGGGGUCAGAGCGCAGGCCUGGAGCAGAGAGGGUUAAGGGCCUCGCUCAAAUGCCCAACAGUGCCUGCAUGGCAGAGCUGGGAUUCGAACACUCAACCGUUCGAUUAAUAGUCGAACGCUCUACCCACUAGGCUACCACUGUCCCUUAGUCAGUGAUUGACUACAGCUGGUGACUUUGUGCCCAUAGAAAUGAGGCAAGUUUGAAUGCAGCCUUAAUAGUGCCGCGCGCAUCAAUAAUGAGAAGCUCUUUACAAUUCUCGAUUGUUCCACACAUCAGUAAUGUGAUGAUAGAAAUAGAAGCCGUUUUUAUGCGGCCCAGGUCUCGAGAUCGUCUAUAAAUGACGUCCAUUACAAAUCUGCGUAAACAUUUGACUUAAGUCGUAUGAAGUGCCCUUGUUAGAUCACUUAAACUAGUCAUAUCCGAUCACCCCGACUCCUGACUCCUGAUGGCAAAGGUGAGAUUUGAACUCGAGAGUUUGAUAUCUCGGCACUGGUGGGCUAACUGGUUCACGUGGCCCGAGCGAGACUUCAAUUACCUGUUUACCUGCAGGGCAAAAUGAAUAGAAAUCGUCACCGUCAACGGUUUGUGCUACUGAGCUCCACCUAAAAUAAAAUCAUGAUUUUGAACGGCAGAAUAAUGCUUAUCAGUUUUAGUCUCCUGCUGUCUGCUGCACUGCAAAGAAACCACAAGCACAAAGGCUGUUUGCAAAGGAAGUGUUAUAAUUUACCGCAUUUGUUACCGUAUUAGUUAUUGUACUCGGCUCUUGCUUUCACGAGAUGUACGUUUAAUAAUGUGCUUCUGUAGGAAAAACGUGGUCAUGCGUUAACGUCGGUUCGCAUUCGUUUGUGGUUUGCCGAGAGAAAAGCCAAGUGUGUCGUUUUGGUUCUGCACUUGUGAAGCUACCUAGUCGUGUGUUUGCUGUGCACUGAGAAAACGCUGUUCUAUUAUUGCUAUUUUGCAAAAAAAAAAGCUUCUUGCAUGAGCUGUUUUUCAUACUUUUGGGAUGUAACGUGACGUCUGCUUGAUAGAAAAGCCGAAUCGAUCAGAUUUAACUCUAUACAAUCAAGAGAGGAAGAAAAAAUGAGUAGGUACCGAGUAGGAGUUGGGUGAUGGGGCAGAAAAUUUAGUUUAGCAAGUCAGCAACAUGAGGAACGUUGCUUUAUCCUGGUCAGGGUUGCACUGGGGGCAAAGCAUAUUUCUGGAGAGCCAAAAAAGCUUUUUAGUUUACCUCCAAAACCAGGCCUGACAGUUUAGUAGGAUAGUGAUGUUAAAUUGGGGUGAAAACCUCAAAAGAAGGAAUAAAUCAUUGCAUUCAGUACCAAUACAGAGCAGCAAUGAGGCUUUAAAGCCACAAACACCAAACAAUUUUAAAGCUAUCAUGAUAAAAUAACAUUGCAGUAUUAAUAUCACGUGGUUUUAUCGCUCAGCCCUGCUUACAUUUGCAUUGUCGGCGUUUAGCAGAUGCUUUUACCCAAAGCGACUUCCAGUACACCAGUGCGACUUACAGGACUGUGACCGGGUACACCAGUCUAAGCAAUUGACGGUUAAGGGCCUUGCUGAAGGGCCCAACAGUUUGUCCAGUACUUUAACCACUAGGCUACACCUGCCCUAGUUGCCCUAGUUUAUACCUGGAUCAUGUUGGAGAUCCUACAGAGAGAACAGAACGAACCAAAGCUUUUAUGCAUUUUUAUAGAACUGCUGUAUGACGCUACAUAGAAUAAAGUUUAUUAAGGGUUUGUGUGUGUUUAUAAUGUCGACACAGACGAGUGAAGAGAAAAAAAACCAUAAAAAGCUGCAAUAACUGCUGGAACGAAGUGACACGGUGUGAACCUGCUGAGCUGAUGCUGUGUGAUGAUCUGAAUGUUUACUAUUUCCAUUCCGGGCUGUUUUACGAGCUGUGCAGGGUGGCGUCGCUCGGAGAAUGUGCUUCUUACUCCCGUCCACCGUUUACCGCCCGUCCCGUGUUGCCAAGUGUGUAUUAGCUGUGUGAUGAAGAUGUGCUUUUUACAUUCGCGGGCUAGAAAUAAAAAAUUACGCUGCCUACAAUGAGAAUACAUGAAGUGCUUUGUUAUGUGAAUCAUGAUCACUGACUGACGGUGAUUUCUUUAUGCAAAUAAAUAAACUCGUGACUGAA